AUGCUGUGGAGCACAUUGACUGUCCUGCUUUCGACGAUCGUGCCAGCGCUCGCCAGCCCCGUCGCACCCGUCGCUCGCAAUGUCGCUCCGGCCGCUCCAGUGACCAAGCGCUGGGACCACCCCGUCGCGGCGCCGAAGGUGUUCGUCAUCUCCAUGUUCAGCCCCGAGGACGUGUGGACACAGGCCCUCGACCUCAACAAUAACAUCACGCUGCCUGGACUGUCGCCGCUCUUCCCGAAUGUGCGAUGCAACGCCGCGGGCGAAAUCUGCCACUUCAUCACUGGCGAGGGCGAGAUCAAUGCUGCGGCGUCGGUGACGGCUCUUCUGAGCACUGAUGCGCUCGACCUACGCCACACCUACUUCCUGAUUGCUGGUAUUGCUGGCGUCAACCCCAACUUCGGAACCCUCGGAUCGGCUGGUUUGGCGCGGUACGCCGUGCAGGUCGCACUGGCUCAUGAGCUCGAUGCUCGCGAGAUGCCCCAGGACUGGCCGACGGGCUACUUCCUACAGGGCACGAAGGAGCCGAAUGUGAUCAACGGCGCCGAGCACUACGGCACCGAGGUGUUCGAGCUGAACACAAAUCUGCGCGAGCGCGUGCACGCCUACACUGAGGGACUCACUCUGAACGACACCGAGAAGGCGCAGGCAUUCCGUGUCAAAUACCCUCAGGAUGUGGCCAAGGCGCCUCCCUCCGUCAUCUACGGCGACGUGGCGACCAGUGAUGUGUAUUUCGCCGGCGAGCUGCUCUGCCAGGCAUUUGCCAACAUCACCAAGCUCUGGACCAACGGCACCGGCGAGUACGUCUUCACGGCGCAGGAGGACAAUGCCACCUUCGAGGUGUUUAUCCGUUACCACCUCGCUGGGCUGGUCGACUUUGCCCGCGUGAUUCUCCUUCGCACUGGCAGUGACUUUGACCGUGCUCCCCCGGGCAUGUCGGCUUACGACGGCUUCACGGCCGACCAGGGUGGCUUCCCUCCGGCUUUGCAGAACCUGUUUGUUGUCGGUAACCCCAUCGUGCAAGGCAUCAUCAACGACUGGGAUGAGUUCGAAGGUGGCAUCGCGCCCCAGGAUGGAUGGCUCAGCACGGCCGACGUCCUGCACACGCUCGACGCUGGUGGCGCCCGCCAGAAGCGUUCCCUCGGCCGCUACGCCGCGGCGCGAGAGGCGCUCGAGUGA